AGAUAAUAAUGAUGGUAAUAAGAUAAUAGAUCCUUAACUGCUUCUACACAAUUGAUCACAUAAUAUUUUACGAAAUAUUGCAGUAUUAACUUGGCUCGAACACAAAUGACAAUUGUGUAUAUGUCAUCCUGACAGGUUUUUAAUUAGACUGGUGUAGAAGUUUAAAAAUUGUAUGGAUCAUUAUUAUUAUUAUUAUUAUUAUUUACCAGAUUUUUAUAGCGCUCUUUUCAUCUAUAAAAUAAACGUUCAAAAGCGCUGUACAAACUACAUAUCACAGAAUGAUAUGGACAUACAAUACAACACAAAAAAAGUAUAUCAACAAUAAAAGGUAUUUAGCCUGAAUCAGGUUUUACGCUACAUUUAAUUGUACUAGAUAUUGUAAAGAACAAUAGACAAUAGGAAAUAAUUCCCAUAGCAAAGCUUGUUUUUCAUGAUACUUUAUUAAGGUGACUUCCGAGCCUUAAGUAAGUUACAUUGUUUGAGAAUUUCAUAAUGGGACCCUGUUGGAAUAUUUUAGGAUUUCUGUAGUGAAACAAAAGAUUCACUGUGGUUACUAUGGCGUCUGGACAUAUACCCCUUAGAACGUUUGUGAAGCAUUAUCGAUUAAAGAAGCAUCAAUCCCAUAUACACCCACUGACAGAGGAGAGAGACUGGAACUUGCCUGUAGAAGAUAGAGCUGAACCAGCAAGUGACCGAAGCGACAAUGCUGAUUUGUUCCAUGAUAUAUUGUGGGACAGAAACACGCGUAUUGUAAUAGAUAGAUCAUCAAAAGCUCUCUGUGCAAGAAAGGACAUUAUAUCAUGGCUGAAGUUUGUUUUAGUGUUUCUGGCAAUUGCAGGCCUUCUUAUUGCUUAUGUUGUUACUGAAAGGCAACACGACAGGACUCUACAAUCUUUAGUUUCGUCCACCUCUAAUCAAGUAUCACAGUCAUCCAAACAAUUAUCUGGCCUGGCAAACGAAAUGCACGAAUCACUAAAUACCAUAGGCAAUAUGAUGGAGGAGGGCGGCCAGUCUAAAAGAUUGAUAAAAAUUGGUAUGCGUCAGGACAAUCAGCUACAGGAAUGCAAAGAAUCAGAGUUUAAGAAGUCUUUUCCCGACGUCGAUUACUCCUUGCUUGGCUAUAAUAUAUUAAAAGGAUUCCCGCUUGCAGUCGGUCAUGACCCUGGCUUUACAUAUCCAAUUUUUCGAGCAAAUUAUUCGUCUGGUGGGCAAACAGCCGACUGUCGAUAUAGUGUACCGCAAGGUCUUGUGAUUAUACCUGACGUCUCGUGUGUGACGUCAUUUUCAUCUAAAAUAGUACAAACAAAAUACGAAUAUUCUGAAGAACUGUCAGCUUCAGCAGGUGUUAGUUUCGGUGGGUGGGGAGUACAGUUUUCCGCAAGUGCAGGCUAUAAGGAAUCGUCUUCCGAAGUUUCAACUGGAGAAUCUGUCUUUAUUAUUUCAACUGCAAGCUGUAAUUAUUACUUUAGUAAGCUAAUAACUGAAAAACCACCCCAAUUUGAUGACGUUUUCAUUUCAUGGAUUCAGAAGUUAAAUGACACGAAUGCCAAUUCGGACAUUUAUUUCGAUUUCUUUGAUACAUACGGAACUCAUUUCUUAACGGAAGUCACAUUUGGAGCAAGAUAUACAUUUCAACAUAAGAUGACAUCAGAAGCAUUUGAAAGCAAGCAAGAAAGUGGAGUAAAUGUGGCUGUGGAAGCCAGCUAUUCUGGUUUAUUCAGUGUUGGUGGUGGAUUCAGUCUAGAUUCUUCACAAAGGGAAAGUGCUUCGUCGUUUUCAAAGUCUGUGGAAACUAAAACUAUCACAGUAGGGGCUGCACCGCCAGCAAAUGGUGAUGCAAUGACGUGGGCAUCUGAGGUAAAAGACAGUCCGGUACCUACUGCUUAUAAAUUGUCGUCUAUUGAGUCUUUGUUUACGGAUAAAUACAUGGAUGGAUUAAAUGUUGAUACUGAUCGUAUUCGAAAAACCAUUACUAGCAACAAGUCUGAAUAUUGUAAGUUUCUUAUGGAUCAAGGACAGCUCGAUUCCUGCGAAGAACUAAUUGCGGGAAUAGAACUAUCUAACACUCUGAUAUACGGCAACUACCGUGCAGUAAAAGUAUCAUCAAUUUCUGAAUGCAUUGACAAAUGUCUCCAAGAGGUAAAAUGUAUGGCAACAACAUUUUGUCUCACUUGCACUUCUAACAUGUUCGGAUACAAGACAUGCUACUUGUUUCAAGAAUCUGGUACUCAAACUGCCACUCAGUUUGAAGGCACGAAAACUGUCAUCAUCCAGGAAAAGAUAAAAAUGCAGAAGGAAAUAUUAAACACAACGAUCAUUGGUGUACCACGUGGAUUUGAAAAUGCCAACGAUGAGAAAUCUUCAGUACAGAAAUGUCAAGAGUUAUGCUUCAACGAUGCAUACUGCGUUGCUUACACUCACUGCGAGUGUCCAAGUAAAACCACAAAGUGUCAGAUGUUUAGUAAGGAAAGGAUGACAGGCCUGAAAGUGGAAUCUGGUACAAAUACCUUCUUUAUAUCCGGUCGCUAUUACACUGUUACAACAACAACAGCAGCACCUUCUGAAACAAAUACCACAGCAUCAGAAUCGCCAACCCAAAAUUAAAACCGGUCUGUGUCAAUGACUGAUUUGCCUAGACAUGGUAACAAUAAACUGAGCGAGCAAGAGUUUUUAAGAAGUGACUUAUUAGAAAAAGAUUGUUUUAGGAUUCGAUAUGGCAGACUCAGAUGAGCGCUCAGUGAGUGCGAUAUGUAAUAACUCCAAACAAAAAUAAAUCAAAGCUGUAAUGUUGAGUGAACAAACCUAGAACCAAAGUCAACGGAGAUGUUCUUCAAUGAUGUUGAAGAUGAAAGCGGUGUUGUUAGAUUUAUAAAAUACAUGUAUUGAUUUAAUCACGUUUUUACAAGGGUAUUUCACACAAGCAACAUUUUCCUGGGAAAGGGUGAACUUUUUGUUAAUUUCUUAUUAACUUCUUAUACCUUUUUAACUUUGUACAAGGUUAGUUUGUUUUAUUAUACUGUAUAUAGAGGAUAUUACAUCAUAACAUGAGUGUCUUUUCAUAUUGAAUUUAUUAAACGAGUUGAAUAAAAUUAUAAAAUGCGAGGCUCUGCCGAACAUUUUAUCAAUUUUAUUCAACGAAUUUAAUAAAUUCAAUAUGGAAAGUCACAAAUGUAAUAUUUUUUUAUCACAUGUUAACCUUUCUUGUCGAAACAUCAAAAAAUCGACUUUCUUUUACUAUAUAAACAAAACAGUUUGACCGACGUCGCCUUUACUAUAAAUGACGUCGACGUCAAAGCUUUAUUACACUCCCGCGACGUCAAACAUGUGAUAAUAUAUAAUAUUUAAUAGCUGUAUACUAUGUAGCUGUACAUUUUUGAAAAUUGCAUUUUGUCAAAAUUGGUAGUUCCGCCAGUUUUCAGUUUUAUUUAGUUUUCGCAGAAAUGACAAACACUGCCUUUGGUUAACAGCUGUACCACAAAAGGAUAAAGAAAACUAGUGACAGUGUGUUAAAACGGAAUAAACUUAAGAGGUGCGAUGCCAGCCGACGGGGACGGGGAGUACCAUGUCGAUAUAUCACUGACAGAUUUGGCUUAGAUUUGAAGUUUGGUCAUAUUAUGAAGAGUAGAAUAUGAUUUUUUUGUUUCUAAAUUAUCUUAAAUUGCCAAAAACGAGAAGAAGAAAAAGAUGUCCUAGUCGGGAAUCGAACCCGAACCGCCGCGGCUAGUAAUCCUUUCCCGCUGUACACCAUAAAGGAAUAUGUAUCUAGCGAUCGUUAAUACAUAGAUAUUUAUAAAUUGAAGACAGUUUACUCUGAGUAAAGUAUUACAAAAAAAACUAAUUCUCGUGCUGCCAUAACAUAUUGUUGGUCAGUAAUGAAGUUUCAAAGCUUUCUUAAGAAAUAAAGCAUUAAUUUACUGAUACAUAUUUUUCUCCUUUUUCGUUGUCAUACCAUCUAGAUUCCAAUUUUAACAUACACAAGUUAAAAUAAAUUGUCUACGUCUUUUAUCUCAAUCUUUAUUCCACUACAUAAGCCAUGCAUUUUACGCCAUGGUUGGUAACUUUCUGUUUGUGAAAGAUUGGUUCCAUAGCAUUUGUUACAAUUUUGAACGAAAUAUACUCGCUUUAUGAGGUGACACGAUACAGAAGACGUACAUAUUACUUUGUUAAGGUGUUAAGUUAGAUUAUUGGUAUACAAAGUGUUUCUAGUGUAGCUGUGUGUUUGCUUUUUGUGUGUUUGCUUUUUAAUGAAUGAUGCAAUAACUUGUAUAUAGCCCAGACAAAAAUCGUUGACAUUUUCGUUAUUUCAAGUCUUUUUGUAACGUUUUCUAUCAUUUGCUUCUCUAUUAAAUCUUCUUCAAGA